UAAAUGGGACAAUAAUUGAUAAUUGAAAAAAGAGGGUCCUAAAAGAGAUGAAUGGGAAAAGAAAGUGAUACAGGGUGUAAGGUAAGAAAAGGCUAUAGAAUUGGUAUACAGAAGCCAUUAUUGAUUCUUUCUUUAAAAAAGUCUUAGUAGAACAAAACUAGAAAGGAUGUCUAUGUGGAUAAACACAUUUUAUAUACAAAUGUUUCUCUCUCUUUCUCUUAAGUAUGGAAAUUUUAUCGAUAACCUGAGACUCUUCACCAAGGGAGGAAGUGGUGGAAUGGGUUAUCCUCGCUUAGGUGGAGAAGGUGGAAAAGGUGGUGACGUCUGGGUUGUAGCCCAUAAAAAAAUGACAUUAAAACAACUCAAAGACAAAUAUCCUCAGAAACGGUUUGUGGCUGGAGGAGGGGCAAACAGUAGGGUCAGUGCAUUGAAAGGCUCUAAAGGAAAAGACUGUGAAAUCCCUGCACCUGUAGGUAUUUCCAUAACUGAUGAAAAUGGCAAAAUUAUAGGAGAACUCAAUAAAGAGGAAGACAGAAUUUUGGUAGCUGAAGGUGGCCUUGGUGGUAAAUUACUUACAAAUUUCUUACCUUUGAAAGGCCAGAAACGAGUAAUUCACCUUGAUCUAAAACUUAUAGCAGAUGUAGGCCUAGUAGGAUUCCCAAAUGCAGGAAAAUCCUCUUUGCUAAGUCAGGUUUCUCAUGCAAAACCUAUGAUUGCAGAUUAUGCAUUUACAACAUUAAAGCCUGAACUUGGAAAGAUUAUUUAUAAUGAUUUUAAACAGAUAUCAGUAGCUGAUCUUCCAGGUUUGAUAGAAGGAGCUUAUAUGAACAAAGGAAUGGGCCACAAAUUCCUCAAGCACAUAGAGAGAACUAGGCAACUACUUUUUGUUGUUGAUAUUUCUGGAUUUCAACUUUCUUCCAGAACUCAAUACAGAGCUGCCUUUGAAACCAUAAUACUGCUUACAAAAGAGUUGGAGUUGUACAAAGAGGAACUUCACACAAAACCUGCACUCUUGGCAGUUAAUAAAAUGGACUUGCCAAAUGCCCAAGAUAAAUUUCAUGAACUGAUGAACCAACUCCAGAAUCCUAAAGAUUUUUUGCAUUUAUUUGAAAAAAACAUGAUUCCAGAAAAGAUUGUGGAGUUCCAACAUAUCAUCCCCAUCUCUGCACUAACAGGAGAAGGAAUUGAAGAAUUAAAAGACUGUAUAAGAGCGUCACUGGAUGAACAGGCCAACCAGGAAAAUGAUGCAUAUCAUAAGAAACAGCUGCUUGAUUUAAGGAUUUCCAAUACAAUAUCUUAUAGUAGGCUACCAUCAGAGCAUACUGUCGCUAGUUCAGAAAUGAUAUAAUUUAAAUCUAGUAAAAAUACUAUUAAUGGAAUACUGUUCAUUCCUAAAAAGAAGGAAAUCAUGUCAUUUUCAGCAAUAUGGUUGAGCCUGUAAUAUAUUAUGUUCAGAGUAAUAAGCUAGGCACAGAAAGAUAAAUACCACAUUAACUAAAUUAUAUUUGGUUUAAAAAAAUUUGAACUCAUAGAAGCAGAAUAGAAUGGCUGUUAUCAGGGGUUGGGGAGAUAAGAGGUAUUGUUUACCCAAGAUACAAAGUUUCAGUUAGCAUAAAUAAGUUCUGAGGCUCUGUUGUAGAGCAUGGUGGCUAUAGUUACAAUAAUAUCAGAUUUUGAAAGUUGGUAAUAAAGUAGGUUUAAGGGUUCAUACCACACAAAAAAAAAAA